GGCGGGCGUGGGGUGGGGUGAAGGGGUGGUGAAGAGUCAGGUGCAGCCGCGGCCCGGAAAGUUUCCUUUUAGGCCCGAAUUGGGGGCUGGUCUCCUUUCGGGGAGCCCCGGUCCUAGCGCUCGCGACCCCCGAGGGCGUGGGGGAGAGCACUCGGCUAUUUUGAAACUCUUUGCCAGUUCCUGUCCGUGGAAGACAAUCUGCUUCAUCUUGAUUCUGCAGCAUUCCAAACUGUGGUAUCCUUGGGGUUCUCUUAACAUUGCUAUGGUGCAGAAGAUUUAAAAUCAGCUGAUGUUCACAAGGAAUAGAGUCACGUGAUGUAUGAAGGGAAACAUAUACACUUCUCUGAGGUUGACAAUAAGCCCUUGUGCUCAUAUAGCCCCAAACUGUGCAAGCAGCGGCGACUCAACGGCUACGCUUUCUGUAUCAGACACGUUCUGGAGGACAAGACUGCCCCCUUCAAGCAAUGUGAAUAUGUGGCCAAGUAUAAUAGCCAGCGCUGCACCAACCCCAUCCCUAAAUCAGAGGACCGCAGGUACUGCAACAGCCACUUGCAGGUACUUGGCUUUAUCCCGAAAAAAGAGAGGAAGAAAAAGAAUGAUCCUAUAGAUGAGGUAAAGGUCAGGCACCAGAUGGAUACCAUGGCCUUUAGCCUGACGGUGCCCACGUUGGCCUUGAAGAUGCCCAAUGGACUGGAUGGAAUGUCCCUCUCUCCACCGGGGGCAAGGGUCCCUCUCCACUACCUGGAAACUGAGUUGGAAGACCCAUUUGCUUUCAACGAGGAAGAUGAUGACCUAAAGAAAGGGGCAACUGUGAGAAAGAAGUUGCAGAGCAAGUUGGCCCAGAAUCGGCAGCGCCAGAGAGAGACAGAGAUUUUAAAAGUUCGACAAGAGCACUUUAGUCCCCCUCCUGCACCUUCUCAGCAGCAGCCUCCGCAGCAGCACUCCCACCUGUCACCUUUAUCCACCUUAAAACCUCCAGCGCCACCGCAGGGUCUAGUCUGCAAGUCACCUCAACCUCAGAACACCAGCCUACCAAUGCAGGGAGUGGCCCCCACUCCACACACUAUAGCACAAGCCAGGCAGUUGUCUCACAAGAGGCCUCUGCCCCUCCUGCCAUCUAGUAGGGCUCCCGUCGUGGACCCGCCCAGGACUGACCGGGUCCUUAUGAAAGCCACAGCCUUCUCUCCACACUUCUCUUGUAUAAGUCGACUGCAGAGACUGGUGAAACUGUGCACCCAAAAACAUCAGCUGGACACUGAUCUGUUUCCCCAUUUAGGGUUGGACUGGUCUGAAGAGAGUGGAGAAGAACUGGAGGACUCAGAGCAGGCCUCGCCGUACCAGGUUGCCUGGUCCAUCCGAGAGACCCUCAGAUACGAAAGACACACGUCGGAUGAUGAUACAGAGAGUAGGAGCUCCAGGGUGACCCAACUUUGCACUUACUUUCAGCAGAAAUAUAAGCACCUCUGCCGCCUGGAGCGGGCAGAAUCUCGUCAAAAGAAAUGCCGGCACACGUUUAGGAAAGCUUUGCUGCAGGCGGCCAGUAGAGAGCCAGAAUGUACUGGCCAGUUGAUCCAGGAGCUACAGAGAGCUGCAUGCAGUCGGACCAGCAUAAGCCGGACCAAGUUGAAGGAGGUGGAGCCAGCAGCAUGCAGUGGGACCGUGAAGGGUGAACAGUGCACCAACAAAGCCCUUCCAUUCACCAGACAUUGUUUCCAACAUAUCCUCUUGAACCGCUCUCAGCAACUCUUCUCAAGUUGCACGGCCAAGUUUGCAGAUGGACAGCAGUGCUCUGUGCCCGUUUUUGACAUUACACACCAGACACCUCUGUGUGAAGAACAUGCCAAAAAAAUGGAUAAUUUCUUGAGAGGAGAUAGCUCCCGUAAAGUUCAGCACCAGCAGCAGAGGAAACCCAGGAAAAAAACCAAGCCUCCUGCACUUACCAAAAAACACAAGAAGAAGAGAAGGCGUGGACCUCGUCGACCCCAAAAGCCCAUUCCCCCUGCAGUUCCUCAGGGGAACCUCAGCAUGCCCACCAGCGUCUCACUGCCAGUGGAGGCCUCUCACAUCCGACUUGUCUUGGGGACACUGAUGUGGAGGUCAAGUGGGGGGGGCGGGGCCAAUCGUGUCGUCUUCCCCAGGAGCCCGUCCACGCCAGAGCUGAGUGCUGAUGAGCUGCCGGAUGACAUUGCCAAUGAGAUCACUGACAUUCCACAUGACUUGGAAUUGAACCAGGAGGACUUUUCAGACGUCCUGCCGCGGCUACCUGAUGACUUACAAGAUUUUGAUUUUUUUGAAGGCAAGAACGGGGACCUCCUCCCCACCACCGAAGAAGCCGAGGAGCUUGAGCGGGCCUUGCAGGCCGUGACGUCUCUUGAGUGCCUGAGUACCAUUGGGGUGCUCACCCAGUCAGAUGGUGUGCCCGUCCAGGAGUUGUCAGACAGAGGAAUAGGGGUGUUCUCCACAGGGACUGGAGCUUCAGGAAUUCAGUCCUUGAGCCGAGAGGUAAACACGGACCUGGGGGAGCUGCUGAAUGGGCGUAUAGUACACGACAACUUUUCUAGUCUAGAGCUGGAUGAGAGCCUGCUCCGUUCUGCUACCUUGUCUAACCCACCUACACCCCUGGCAGGGCAGAUCCAGGGGCAGUUCUCUGCCCCAGCCAACGUUGGCCUUACUUCUGCCACUCUGAUCAGCCAGAGUGCACUUGGGGAGAGAGCCUUCCCAGGACAGUUUCAUGGACUUCAUGAUGGCAGCCAUGCCUCGCAGAGGCCACAUCCUGCCCAGCUGCUGAGCAAGGCAGAUGACCUAAUCACCUCACGACAGCAAUACAGCAGUGAUCAUUCACACUCCUCGCCCCACGGAAGCCAUUAUGAUAGUGAGCACGUGCCGUCUCCCUACAGCGACCAUAUCACCUCUCCCCACACAACAUCUUACUCUGGUGAUAAUAUGGCAGCUACCUUUUCAGCAGAGAUGCCCAUCAUGGCGCAGCACUUGCUCCCAGCCCAACUUGAGGUGCCACUUGGAGGAGUCGUAAACCCCAGAACUCACUGGGGCAAUCUCCCUGUCAGCCUCGGAGAUCCCUCUCCAUUUAGCAACCUUCUCGGCGCAGAUGGACAUCUUCUUUCCACUUCCCUGUCCACACCACCCACCACUUCGAACUCAGAGACCACACAGCCUGCCUUCGCCACCGUGACCCCCAGCAGCUCCAGUGUGCUUCCGGGGUUACCGCAGACCAGCUUCAGUGGCAUGGGGCCUUCUGCUGAACUGCUGGCCUCCACCUCUCCCAAGCAGCAACUCCCUCAGUUCAGCGCAGCCUUCGGCCACCAGCUGAGUUCUCACAGUGGCAUCCCCAAGGACCUGCAGCCCAGCCACAGCUCAAUAGCGCCUCCCACAGGCUUCACAGUGACAGGUGCCACAGCUACAAGUACCAAUAAUGCGUCUUCUCCCUUUACCUCCCCUAACUGAGCGUAUCUGUGUGCUUGCAGGCAGGUGGGGAACCUGGUGUUUUCUAUCUUGUUUUCCUCUUUAUCACCUCUCUCCCCUUUUCCUAAAGAAGAUUUUAAAAAUAACAGAUGGGGACUAGAGGAGAACUCCCUUUUCCAGUCAAGCAGGUUACCCCACAGUGGACCUCGCUUCAGUGUUCACAUGUGCCCCUUCGCACUGGUGCUCAUUCCCUCCUGGCAGGUCCACUCUCCCCCAGUGGUUUCCUUAGUGGCUCAGCACAGUGACUGGAUAGAAUCGACUUUUAGCAGCAAGUCCUAGAAGUGAAAGAUACCUCAGAUUACCAGUGCCCUUUACUAUUUCCUAGUAUUCAGAUCAAUGCUUUCCAUUCUAAUACCAGGUCUUUACAUAGGUGGUUCUAAAUGGAAUGAGCCUAUUCAUUGAGUUCCUGUGUAAGAGACGGCAAAUGGUGUGUAGAGGCAGAUCAAGGCUCUGACUUAGCACCGACUGCUAAACAUCACAUGAGGCCAGGAUUCCAUUCCUAAUUGUGAUCAUGUUUAAUUAAAAAGAAAAAAAUUAGUCUUUUAA